UUUCUUUUCGAGCUGAAUCACCCCACGCACGUGUAUUAUCGUUGGAGACUGUACUCAAUUUCCCAGGGUGACACUUUUCUGCAAUGGCGUCGAGAAAAAUUCAGAAUGUUCGAAGGCGGAUCUUGGUGGCAGCCGCCAAUUCCGCAAGCGGAACUUUUUAGUUGCAUGCCUCGCUCUCUCUACAGUUAUGCGUGCACGAUCACUGACCCGAGUCGCUGGCUUCCUAAACUGGAUGCUCCUCUGGCUGCACGAAAUACUCGAUCGCAGGACACAAGAGAACGACGUGAGAAAUCCAGAAGCAGUCCGAGGCAAGACCAUUCUAGAAAACCAAAGGCCCGAUUACGGAAAAGUCAGAGGAAAAAACUGGAGCAAAUUCUCAGGGAGCUCACGCCUGAGUGUGAUAGCAUUGGUGACGCCAUGGUGUGGUGCGCAGAUCAUGCCACAUGUGCUCGAGAAAUAUGUGAAUGUAUUUACGAGUCUCUUACGAUUGAUGAAACUCCGUUGCACAAAAAGAUAGCGAGACUUUAUCUAAUCUCGGAUUUGCUAGCGAACGCAGCUUCUCGCGGAGUUAGGGACGUUUUCUAUUUCCGGCAAUAUUUCGGCGAGCUCCUAACUAAGAUUUUCGCUGCAUUGGGACGCACGUUGAGAACCGUGAAUGCUCGGCUCAAAGCGGAGCAGUUCAAACAGCGCGUCAUGUCUUGCUUCCGAGCAUGGGAGGAAUCGGUUCUCUAUCCAACUGAUGUUCUAGUAAAUAGUCAAAACAUCUUUCUCGGUCUCAUGGAGGGAAGAGAAACGGAUGAAGAGGAAGAAGAUCUGGAUGGUGCUCCGUGUGAUAUCGAUGGCGUUCCAAUUGAAGAGACUGAAAGAAACAUGCCAAUUUUUGAUGACUACAACGAGUCGGGUAAUGCUGGACCGAGUGGGGAAACACGUAAACCAACUGGGAUGUUCAAAGCCGACAAUUGGAGCAAGUGGGAAGACGAUGAUUCUGAGCCGGCGACAAAGGAAAGGAGUUCCAGUCCGUCAACAAGAAACUGGAGUGCUGAUGCGUCUGAGGGUAAUUCGGGAAACCCAGCUAGUGCUCGUACAAAGGAGAGCGACGAUAGCGAUACGGAUGGAGAAAUUGAGGAGAAGGAGGACAUUCUUGCCAGCGCUGCUAUUGAAGAGGAGCGUCGCAAAUUAAUGAGAGAAGUGGAGGUGAAAGUGAUGGCGCUCCAAGAUGAGUUAGAGAGUAAGCGAGAUCCAGAUAUAGCGAAUAAGGUGAAAGCUCUCCGAGAGAAGGAGAUGAACGAUUUGGAAGACAACCUGGCUUUGAUCGUAAAAAAGCGGUCGAAAAAAGACAAGAAAAAAUCUAAAAAGGAGGCAAGAAAGGAUGGUAAAGAUGAAUAUGCGCUUUCAAAGUCUAGUAGAGACGCAGAUCGCACAGGAGAUCGACGUCGUGACACUCGCGACGUAGAGUCACGGAAAGGCGAUCGAACUCGUGAUCGUGAUCGCGAUCGGGAUCGCGAGAGGCGGAGAAGCAGAAGCCGGGAUCGAAAACGCGAUUCUAGUCGGGAUCGUUCUCGACGUGAUCGUCGCUGA